GGGGACCGCCGCCGCCGUCCCCGCGCAGGGCGGGGCGCAGCCCGCCGGCCUGUCUGUCAGGAGGGGCUCGCUGCCACAGGUGGCCCCGGAGCUCCCGGGGAGGCGCGCGGCAGAGCAUCUUCCGCCGCCCUUCGCUUCCCUUCCCUGAGGAAGGAUCCGCUGAGACAACGCGGCUCCCGCCGGCCCGGCCGGUCACCGGAGGAGGAGCCGGGGGAGGGCCCCGGGGUGCCCCUGAUCCGCAGCGCGGGGGUGACACGGGGCGGGGGUAACGCAGCGCCCCAGCCCCGGCACCCGCGGGACGGGGGUAGCGUUAGCAGCUCCGCCCGCCCCGCCCCGCCGGUCCCCGUGGGCCGGGUCUGUCUGUCUGUUUGCAGCCUCGGCAGGGCACGGACUGGUUCCUGCCUGUGGUGGUGCGGUCGGUGCGCGGAGGCUCCGUGAGUUCGCGUUCUCUCCUGCCUGGACUGCGUUGUGGUCGGUGCGCACGGGUUAAGUAUUUUUGAGCUGACUUUCAUCAAAUACUAAGACUGGAAAGAUCAUGGACAUGUAUGCCAGAGCUCAGGGCAGUCGAAUGAAACCAAGAAUAUCUGUGAAAAAGAGUUUUGGUGAAGGUAUACUGCACUCUAUGAAGUCACUGCUGCACAGCAGGAAAGAGUUAUGCAAUGUAUCAGCAGAGGAAUGCCUAAAUCGGGAAGAAGAAGAUAAUUUUAUUGAGAUUACAUUUAUAGGUUUUGCUGAAGAGAUGGGUACUGCUCGCUUGCAGGAGUUGUCAGCUGUUUCUGUAGAACUUCCAGAUGUUCUGAAAUCGCUCCAGUUGCGCAAACUAAAAGAAAACGAGGCUAUAUUUCUAAAAGAUGUAAAGAAAAGCUUGGCAAAACCUUGUGUCAUGAAACAUCAGAAUCAACUUGCUGAAGUGUUUUGUGUGGUGAGACUGACUCCUUCAUUCCCAAGGAUCAAAGUUGAUUAUAUAUUUACCUUGCUGAGCAAGUAUACCACAGGCAUAAGAUAUGCAGUAGAAAUCAACUCUUUGCAAAAACAUCAAACAGAGACAUCCCAUGGAGAAGAUGAUGACACUAAUCAUUCAGUUUCUUCAAUUGAGGAUGAUUUUGUUACUGCUUUUGAACACUUAGAUGAAGAUGAACCUUCAAAGAUACAAACUGCUGGUGCGUGCAGCUUUACUUCUCAAAACCAUCGAGAUGCUGCUUCACAGACCAUCCCUGCUCAAUGUUUAGAAGCUGUUGACUCAAAGAUCCUUGUAGGUUCUGCACAUCGAAAGUCAUCUACCAGAUCUUCUACUUUGAUUGAUAUUUUGGGACUUAAGGAACUGUCCUCAGUAAAGAAUUCAGUAACAACCUCAAUAUCUGAUCCUUGGAUACAAAGGAGUUUCUAUAAGCCAUAUAAUCCUUCUGAUCAAGGUGUUAAUUUUUUACGUAAAACAUUGUUUUCUUCCUCUCCAGCUGAAUCCUCUGAGUCAGACUGCUCCAGCCCAAGCCCCAUCAUCUUCUUAGAUGAAGAAGGGUAUCAAAAAAGCUUGAAGGCAAAACUUCAGCUGCCAAAAAUUCCAGUAGUGAAAGAUGGUAUAGAGGAUUCAGACUCAGAAGUAAGUGAAUUUUUUGAUAGUUUUGAUCAGUUUGAUGAGCUGGAGCAAGCCUUGGAAAACUCUUGUAAAGUUAUUAGGGAUCCCAUCCUAGGGAAUCCCUCCCAGAAAAGGAGGACUGCACAUGAAAAAUUGUCUUCUGCAAGCAUUACAAUGAAUCCUCAGAAAUUCAAUUUUGAUCGUCCCACUCUCCCAGCCAAUGUAAAGAAGCCAACUCCUCGUAAGCCAGAAUCACCGUACAGCAGCAUCUUUGAGGUCCCGGAUUCCCCUCGCCCAGUUAAAACAUCAGGGGAAGAGAAUGGAGGCUUCUUCAGCCCUAUUAGAACGUCAGCCUUCAGUCCGCUAGGGAGCUGUGGUUCUUCCGAAUGUUUGUGUCGAAGUAAUCUUGGUGGAGAUGGGACAGGCCGAAAUCACCAUGAUGCAGCUUAUAAUAGUUACUCAGCAUAUGCUGAUAGUGUUUCAUCUGAAAUACUCGGUUCUGUUUUUUCUUCUGAGUCCUCAUCAGUAAAAGUAUGUGCAGGAAAUGAUUCGAAGCAAAAAAGGAUUGCUUUGAAAGAGAAAAAAAGGCAAGCUGCAGAUCUCAAAAUGAAAACUAGUAAGGAACCAGAUAAACAAGCAAAAUCUAAACAUAAGUCACUUAUGAUUAGAGAUAGCAUUCAAAAAUUUGCAGCUGAAUUGGUUGAAAAAAGUUUUGGCAGUGCAUUUAAAGACCUACAAAAAGGUGUUUCCUCGUGCACCAAUGCACUUUGUCAUUUGGCUGCUAGGUUGACUUCUUCGGUCUUUCAGAUGGCUUUUUAUGAGAUUGGAAGACGUAGAGCAAUCUCCCUUAAGGAACGUGCCAUUAAUGGGAUAGCAAACUUUUUGGUGAGCGAAGCUAUAACUGCUGCUUUGAAAGAACUGCGUCACGUAAAGAAACAAAUAUUUACCAACACUGUUGCACGGUUUGCAGCAGACCUUGCUGAAGAACUUGUGUUUGAAGGAAUCAUGGAAGUAUGCCAGUUCUCAUAUCCAUCAACACCUACAGCUUCACAGCCUUCAUCAUUUGAUUACGAAAACAAAGUGGUAAGAUCCUAUGCCCGAGAUUUGUCUGAAUCUGUCAUUCAAGAGGCAUUUAUUGAACUAUCUCAGGUUGAUGUGACCUUCACAACACAAGCAGCCAUUAGUGUUUCCAUGGACAAUAUUAAAUAUGUAAGCGCAGAAAGUAUGUUAGAGUCAACGCAGACUUCCACAGUUUUUCCUAAUUUUACUGAUAGGAUAGCACUAAAGCCAAUGCAAGAUUCCAAGAAGGAAUAUACAGUACAUCAAGCUCUGUUUUGCACCUCUGGUGUUGUAAGUUCAAUACCUGUGCCCUUAGCUGGAAGAGCUCUUUGUCAACAACAGGUUUCCUCUGAUGCUUACAAAGCAAAAGUAUCAAGUGCUCCAAAUGCUGAUGACAAUAUGAAAGUAUUCAAAGACUCCACUCAUCCAUUUUUCACAAGCAGAAAGAGAGAGGAGGAAGUCUCUUCUUUCAGAAAUAUAUAUCUAACUUCAGAUCACAGUGCAAGUACUGAAAAUACUCCAUCACUCUUUUAUAACCAAAAUGAUACCAAACUAACAAAUAACAGAUCUGGAAUGAACAGUAGCUCAGAAUUAACAAGUGGGUCAAAAGGCAUUAAUGCUUUCUCUGGAACUAUGGUAGAUAUGAUAGUAAAUGAAGCUUAUGAAGCCAUAACUUCAUCUAGAGUAACAAAAGCAGUAGAAGAGUAUACAGAUUUUUUAACCAGAAAAAUAGUAGAUAAAAAACCUUAUGUGCAAAGUAUUGGUGAAGACUUGCCCAAGAAUAUGUUUGCAGAUCAUUUGGCCAAGUAUGUCAUAAAACAAUCUGUAGAUGAAAGUAAAACUGUGUUAUGCAACACUAGUGAGAAUUUAACAUGUAAUGUGAGCUCACAGACCUACGGAGAUACCAAUCGAAAAGAACGGUUUGUGAUAAAGCCAGAGGCUGAGAAACAAAGUAAUGUUUCUAUAAUUGUGGAACAACAACAGUUGCCUUUGAAUAAUCCAUGUAAAUUUCUUACUCCAACUCAUUCUGUUCAGUGUUUUUCAGAAUCUAAAGAUUGUUGGCAGGAACAAAAAGGACAUAGGUUUUCUUCGAAAUCACCACCCCCUUGUUCCACUGUGACUUUUGCUAAGCAUGUUCUAGAGGACUGUACUGACAUGGGAAGCUGUUCAAUAACAUGCUUAAACAAGACUUCAAAAAAAAAUGAUACCCAGAAACUAUCAGCAGGAGCUUUGAAUUACAGGCAGGCCGAUUGUUUUCUGCAUGCAAAUAGCUUUUCUUCAGUGAUGUUUGGCAGUGAAGGUGCUUUGCAGAUUGAAGAAAAAUCAAGUCUCAAACAUGGAAAUACCUGUUUAAUGCCCGAUACACCCCCACCGACUCCUUUAGUGCCAUGUGAAGGUACUUCUGAAAGGAACCUAAGAAAACUAUCCAAGAAACUCAAGGGAGAAUUAGCAAAGGAAUUUGCACCUGCAACACCACCUUCUACACCCUACAAUCCAUCCAUUACUGAUUUUUCUGCAACUGAACAUGACUCUUUGGAAAAUGAGGAAUUUAUGCUUAAACUCAUGCGGUCACUUUCUGAAGAAGUGGAAAGUAGUGAAGAUGAAGAUCAUUCUCAGAUGCCUGUUGAGAAAGGGGAGCAUUUGGAAAAAACAGUUCAGUAUGCAGAUUGUUUAGCUAGCCAUAUAGUUUCAAUAGCGACUGAAAUGGCUGCUUCCCAUUUGGAUGGUAAAACAAAUGAAAGAGAUGCUGGUAGGCAGGUUCAGUUAGGUAUGCAAAAGAAAAUAUGUGGAUAUACUGCAUUUAUAAAUAUCCCAGAAGAGACAUGCAAUUCUUUAUGGAAUUAUGCAGGUGAUAUGGCAGGAAAAGUCAUCAGUGAGGCCAAGAAAGUGGUGAAAUCAAGGCAUUGUAAACUGUUGAGGUUGAAGCGGGUUAACUGUCAGGUGGAUUGCUUUUAUCUGAGAAAAGGUGAUAAAGAUGGUAGUUCAAAAGAAGGGUGUGGUCCAGUGCGGGACCAGUGGCUGGGGGACAGGGGUUCAUCUGUACUUCCUUUACCACAAGGUUCAGGCAUGGCAGGUUUGACUUCCAAGUACCCGAGCUGUGAAAGUGUGACUGACGAAUAUGCAGACCAUGUCAUUCGAGUUUUGAAAAGAGAAGGUGGUAGUGCUGAGCUGUUAAUGGAUCAGUAUGCUAGCAGACUUGCUUACAGGUCUAUCAAAUCGGGCUUGCAGCAAGCUGCUAGAAAAACCAAAAUGCGAUACAACAGAAAGACGUUUCCUGCGCAAAAUGCACAGGUAAAUGGUAAGCUGGAGCUGAUCAAAGCAGUGAACAAAGAUGCAGUACAGCCAAUGAAAAGCAGCAUUCAUCACUGUGAAGGCCAAAUGUAUGAAAGGAGUGUUGGCGCACAGAGAACAGGAUGUACCGAGUUGUUGCAUUUUUCAGGAUCCCUUGCUCACAGUAUCACUUCUGAUGUCAGGAAGGAACUGAAAAUGUCGGGAGCGUCUUUACCGAAGUCUCUAACAGAUUCCUGUCUAUAUAAAAAGACUGAAUUUGAUGAACUCACGGGGGAUCUCAUUAAAACAAGACUUUCUAGGACAUUUCUUCCUUUCUCCCCAGAUCAUAAACUGUAUCAUAGUACAGGUAGUAUAAAUGAAAAUGGCUACACUGAAGGCGUAAUUCAAGCUAUAGAACAAUAUGCUAGAAAAGUAGCAGAUGAUACUCUAGAAAUGAGUUUAGAGUCAGCUAUUCUCCGUGUGGCUGAAAACAGAAAAAGUGGCGAUAAGCUCUCAUAUACUGAGAAACUGUCUCCUUUUUCUGGAACUGUCUGUAGAUGCUGCAGUAUGAAGGAACACCGGUACUGUACAGAAAGUAUGUCUCAUCAUCUACCUGCACAAGAAUCCUGCAUUCCAGUGAGGCAUUUACUUCAUUCUGGAGCGGGUGGUGCCUGUCAGAAUUCAAGAGUGUUUCAGCUUGAUAUUCCCAAAAUUCACGUUGAUGUAGAACAAAGGACAGUGUUUUCUGACAAGGGGGCUUCUGCAGCCGUAGAGAAAGCAGAAAGAGAGCUGAGUUACACAAGUCUGACAGCUGACAGUGGCAUUGGACCAGAUGGCGUCAGUUUUGCUGAAAGCCUUACUACUGAAAUAAUGACAUCAGCUAUGACUAAUAUUGGUCAGGCAGUUACCAUAAGCUCUGUUGGAAGAGAAGGAUUUCACUCUGUUGAAUCUGUUGUUAGCCAUCAGAUGAGUCUUAGUAUUGGUGAUGAUAGCACUGGGAGCUGGUCCAAUCUAAGUUUUGAAGAUGAACAUCCUGAUGAGAGCAGCAGUUUUCUUCACCUGAGUGACAGUUCAGCCUUGUUCUCUUCUUCUCCUGGCAGUAAUGGUAACAGCAGUAGCUGGAGCAGUCUUGGUUUAGAAGGGGAUAUGUAUGAGGAGAAUUUAUCCUUUCCAACAUCAGACAGUGAUGGAACAGAAGAUAAAGAUGAAGAUUCCAAGGAUGCUGUAGAAGGUUUGGAGCAAAUCCAAAAGACUUUAUCAAUAGCGAAUAUUGAUCUGGAACGAAAUCUAGUGGACCCCCAGCUCAGAGCAGCGCUCCAGUGGCUGGCAGCUUCUGAAACAGAGGUGUCUGAUCUUCACUUCCGUGACACUGCCUCAAGGGAGUUUGUCUUUCUUUCCAGAAGACUGCAAGAAAGAGACUGGAAAGUUGGAGAUCUCUUGCAAGCAGUGCUGAAAUAUUGUGAAAUGAUAGAGAAGGCAUCUGAUGGAGAACAAGCUCCAAAUAAGUCUUUUGUCGGUUGGCUUCUGGAAAAUGUCUGAAAGGUCCAAAGAUGCAACAUUCUUCACUUCAUUCCUCGUUUGAAAGGAGAUAGAAAGAACACAGAUGUGUAAUUAAAAUUCAACUAGUGAAUGUUUAAGUAAUAGUCAGCAAUUAAAAGACUUGGAGGUGAAAGUCAAAAUAGCUGUGCUGUGCUUUGUGAUACCGUGCACAUGGUAUGUUUAUUCAGUCCGUAAUCGGUAUUGUCCACUCACGCAUAACUUGUAUUUACUGCUGUGUUCAGACCAUUGAAAUAUUUAUGAAAACAUCCCUUGUCUAUGAUAGUAGUUCAGAGGAGGCAGUCUCAGGCAUGAUGUUUAGGAUUCCCACUGUGCCAGGAUAGCUCUUUUUUCCACUCCUGUGUGUGCUAUAUUCACAGCGUGACUGAGAGCACUGAUUUCUGCAAGGAUCUGUUCUGCAAGGAAUACUGUGCUGUAGACAAUGGAAAAAAUUACCAAUCUUGGCCAGACCUUAAGUGCCCAAGAGCACCAUUGCCAGGAAGAAAAUUGUGACCUGCCCAAGGAGCCCCUAAAUAGCCACCUUUAUCAGUUUUAAGUUUAUGCGAAGGUGGGAGAGUCUGCUCUGAAUUGCUGAGGUACAAAUACAUAUUCCCUUUUGUUGACUACUAUAGAGCUGAUAACUUCUGGUAGAAGGGCAGAGUGAGUAGUUGAACAUAAUUUUCAUGCAUAAUUCUUCAGCAAGGUUUCCUGCAGCUUUCCAAUAAAAUUAAAAUGCUAAAUUUUUUACUGAAGCUUUUGUAUGCAGAUAUUUCUAUGACACUGAUUCUGUGUCAAAGAAUUUAUACAUUAGUCUCUCACACAGAUGUGUUAAAAGUAGCAGAUAGAAAUUUAUGAGGAUUUUGGCUGUCUUUUUGACUAGUUUUAAUUCUUUAUUUCUUAGCAGUCACAUAUGAAUUUUCUUUUCAGUAAUAAAGAUAAUUUUGUUACUCAGUAAACAUGUAAGCAUUUAGCAAAGAAAGCUAAUUAAAACAUAAAGGGGAAAUUUCUUGCAAAUUGAGUUUUCAUUUUAGUUAACUACCUUCACUGAAUUUUUUUUAAAGGGACUUUUAAUCGAAUAUUUUUAGCAGCCUCAUCAGGUUUCUCACCAGUGCUGCUGACUUGCCUUUCUGUCUGAGGGGAAAUCUGGACCUUUACAUACCCUGUGGUUUGAAAAUGUUUUUUUGGGUUUUGUUUUUUUUAUAUAGCCUUUGAGAGAAAAAGGCACGUGCUGGUAAUUACAAAGUUGCCACCUCAAACUUACAAAAGAAUCACAGAGCCUUACGUAUUUUGGAUGAACAAAAAAAAAAAUCUUUAAGGCUUUUUCACAGAAAAACAGGCUGUUGAUAUGGUGUACAAGAUUGUUAUCCCAAACAAGGAGGGAGGGAGAGAGAUGGUCUCUAAAUCUAUUCCUGAAUUUGAAUGGUGUAUGUACAAUUCUGAUUUCUCCUACCCCAUGAAUUACUAUGAGGUGUCACACUGGUAAAGUCAAGACUACUCUCCUUGGAAUGUUUUCAUGUUUCAGGAGGGCAUUCCGCUGGCCUUUUUGUAGAGAUCUGGUUUGUUUUUGUCUUCAUUUGUCAUCUGGAUUUCUGCCUUGGAUCUCACAAGGUUCUCCUUUCUCACAGAGCUAAAGAUGUUUAAUGUUUUUCUAUGUGCACAUGCAUGUAUACACACGUGCAUACACAGAUAUGUCUGUAUAUCUGUUUGUGUAUGAGAUCUCACCAACGUGAACUUUAAAUGCGAACUUUUGCCACUAAAUUAAAAUUCUGUUACACUCAUAGUUUUAUUACCUCACUUUGUGUAUCAUUUCACUGAUGGAAAAAUCUAUGUAUGCCAUGUGACAAAAAGACCAAAAACUACUUCAAGGUCUUUUGUUGCAGGUAAUAAUGCCAGGUGUCAGGAAUGAUUUUUCUCUAGAGCCCAAAGCAGGGCAGGUGAAGUUAUCUUAAUUCCUGUGUUUGGAAGAUGGGCCUAGUAGCAAAUAUUUUUUAAGAAUUGUACAAAAGUUAUCUGGAUUUUUUUUUUCCUCCUCCAUCCCAUACUCCUUUCUUUUUUUUAAGGUUGACUUUCAGUGUUGUUUUAGACAAAAAUUUGAAACAAUUCUCUGGCUGUAACAUCUUCCCUAGUACAAAUUUACUUUUAAAAUUGAAAUGCCAAGAAAAUAAAAUACUAUAAGCAGUGCCUCGAGAGUAAGUUUUGCUCACCAAGUGGAAUUUCAAGAUAAGAGGAUACAGUAGUAAUAAUAAAGUGUUUCUGCACAUGUCCAAAUUUAGAAAGGUAUUGAAGGUAUUGUGAAUGCACAGAGCUGUAUAUUUAAAUAAAAACCACACAACAAAACACAACCAACAAAACAACACCACAGGAACAGCCGUUUUUUAACUCAUUUAUUCAGUAUGUUGGAAUUUAUAAAGUUGGUGAAGUGUUUAUUCUUUCUAAUUACUUCUGUGGAGAAGGGCAGAAAAUUGUGAGAUUCCCAAAGCUUACAACUGUCGAGAAAGUUAAAUAGACAAUAGUUGCACUAAAAUUAUUUUUAUAAAUGGAGUUUUGUUUUCAGACUGGAUCAAAUAUUUAUGUAACUAUUAAUUGGUGUUAUAUUAAGGAAGAACUUGUUUUAUUAGCCUAGUUUCCAAAUUUACAUGAGAAAAAUGUUGUAAAAUACUUCAUUUUUACUGAAAACAAGCAAAGAAGCCAAACCAGUUUUCUAUACAAAUUGUUUUAAAUUCGUUCUGGGUGACUUGACUUUUCUCCUUGAGUAUGAAAUUAGGAAAACAUUAAACUAGCCUGGCAAAAUUAUUAUAAUUUAAUACUUUUAAUAAUCUUUGGAAAAUCUUAUUCUGACUAUAUCUAACUGGUGCUGUCUGCCAUAUUAGUGAGAAAGCUAUUCUUUGCUAAUGAGUCUUAAAUUAUGCUAUUACUGAGUUUGUUUAAAACUCCCGACCACAGAUACAGAAGUGUAAGUGAAAACAUGUAAAAACAUGAAAGGCCACAUUCUGGUCCAUUUAAAGAAGACAACUCUGGUUUAUAAACAAACAUAGAAAGGUAGAGUUUAUUUCAUCUUGCAUUUUUCCUGUAUGGGAAACCCUAGUAAUUUAAAUUUUAAGUUGAGGAAAGUAUAUCCAAUGAUGUUAUUGUUUCAGAAGUCACCCAAACACUUCAUAAAUAUAUUUGGUGUUCUGAGAAAUGGAAGUGUUGGGAUGCUUUGUAAGAUUCUGUGGAAAAAAGCACUUUGAAAAUAGUCCCUCUAUAAAUUAACAAUUAAAAGUUGGCCAUAUUUAAAACAAGUUUAAGCAUUCAAAAUGGGGUGCAUAAAUAAUACAGAUGUAUGCAUAAAGCCUUAAAAUCAAACAAAACUCAAACCCAUAUGCUAAAAUUAAAGAGGAUUUGUUGUCUCAAAAUAAGGAUGUGAAAAUAUAGCUAAGAUGCGUAUUUGAAUGCAAUUUCUGUAGUAUCUUUGUUCUUGAGUUUUAAAAGGUUGUGUGAGCUUCUUAGAAAAAACCCAGUCAAAACUCAAAACCCCAGCAAUCCACAUUCCGAGACUAAUUAGGUCUCUAAAAAAUGUUAUCAGGUUUUAAAUGUUACGUUUUCCAACAUACCUUUGGGACCUUUUCUAAGAACAACCACAUAUUACUGGAGAUGGGAACACAGUAAAUAAUAAACCUGGUCACCAGCGUAAACCCCUGUAGUUUUAGACAGUUGAUUAGCAGUUUAAAGUAUGAGAUUUCAGGAAUGAUUUUUGGUGUAAGAAUUUUGGCUUUUCAGCAAGAGCCUCUGCUGUCAAGCAUUUACUGUACUUGAGCUCUGAAGGGGCAAGUACAGAGCCCAGCCACUGUAGUCACUUUAUUUUGCACCAUCUUUGUACAUUCCUGUUGUAUAGCUGGAGUUGUAGUUUUAGAGGGCCUUUGUUCUGUUUUAAUGUCUGAAUAGUAUUUAAUACUAAAUUUUAUUAUAAUUUGCUGGAACUGCUGCUUAUUUGUGCAGUGUUACAGUAAUUCACAGCCCAGUUAGUGAUGCAAUUGUAUACCAAAAGCAGUUUGAGUAACUAUAAAUGUUUAUGUAACUGUACUCAAUGAAUAUGAAGGUCUUGUACUGUAUAAUGCUGACAAGUUUUGCCAUUUUAGUAAUUUAACUAUAUUCAGUUUUCAGAUUAUGAACUCCAGGUUGCACUAAAUUUGUCCUUGUUUUAGCAGUGGCUUAAAAUAAAACACAUUUCACUGGC